UCUGCUCCGAUCCUGGUGCGAGGCCUGGGCGUUGAGGGCUUGACGGCCGAAAGAUGGCCGGGACGAUACCGCUUCUGCGCAGUCGGUGCAGCUUUAGCACUGCUUUUCGUCGCGUCCGCCGGCAUCCCGUUCCACCGAGCGGGAGCGAAGGUUGACCCCUCCGCGUCGGAACUGGUCGGCCUGUCCUCUGCGGAGUUCGUCUCUCUCCCUCAAAGGGAGGAGAAGGCUGCUCCGGAGCGUGACCUGGGCUUCAACGAGCUGCACCUUCCCACGGUGCAAGAGGAGCUCGCGAAGAAGUUUCAUCCUGCCGUAUGCGUGGGCCAAGCCCUGCAAGCUGCCAUCACCCUCACUGGUCUCAGCAUCAAGGUGGGUGCUGCGAUGCGAGAAUGCAAUGCUUGGUUUUACAGUCCGCGGUACGCCUACCGGGUGAACCCGAUCACCGGCAAGAGCGAACAGGUCGUCCAAGGCAAGCCGGUGAUUACGAACGCCCGUCGCCUGAAGGACAGAAGGCAUCCACUACUACGGAUCGAGGAGUCUCUCAGGAAGCCGCUGGCAAAGCUGCCUACGAUGCCAGGUCUUGAGCGCAUGCGAUCCAACCUCUGGAGCACAUCGUUGUCGAAGGCAUGGGAUGCCCAUGGAGACGAGCUCGACGAGUUCAAGCGCUUGGGUGAAACUGCCUACAACGUCACGGAGUGGGACCUCUCGUUGGCCAACAUGAGCUUCAGCUUGGGUGGUGAGUGGACCCUCGAAGGCUGGCAUUACCUCUUAGCCCACGGGGGCGUGAUCUGGGACACCCGCGAACGCCUUGGAAAUUCGACCAAAUCUGGAGUCGCGGUCAUCCUCUCUAACAACGGGUCCUUGGCCUUGAUGAUCCUUCCACGAGGAGGUGCGCCGGUUCUGCGCUCCUGUUCGAAGUUUGUGCCGCUGAGGCAGUGGGUGCAUGUUGCGUGCCAGCGUCGGGCGUCCUCGCUCGACUUUUUCUUGAAUGGCACCAAAGUCUGCAACAUGCCCGCUCCUGCCGAGUUGGAAAGUUUAGAGCCACAGACCACGGUGAAGAUUGGUCGUGCAGCAACAAACGAAGAAGACUCCAGUCUCGCUUCCCUGGUAUCCAACAUGCGACUCACCGGCGCGGCGCUUUACGAAAGGCCGGCAAGCAUUCCAGAGCGCCAUUUGCAGCUGCACCCAAAGACGCACUUCCUGCUGCACGGAGGCUACCUUGACCAGGUGAGCUCCAGACCUCUCCUCAUCUCAGGACAUGGCUUGAUGGAGGGCAUCGUGAACCACGGACACCCCACCGGAAAGCUCAAGCAUCCAGCUAUGCGAGAGCUGCAGCUCAAUCUCUUUCCUGACCAGGACCGCGCCCUGCCGGGUGGACUACCGGGCAAUCCAUGUCUCGUGGACACGUUGUGGCUGUGGACUCGUCGCCAGGAUGCUGGCACCAUUGCAGCAUCCAUUGAAGCCGACCUCAAGGUUUGUCAGGACCAGAAGCUUGUCGGCAUGGAGUGUGCAGUGGAUGCCACACGCGUGGUCCGGUCGGCUGGCAAUGCGGCAAAGUACAUGGCGGAGCUCGGCUUUAUGCGUGGGGCGGGGAGCUCCCGGUUCGCGGCUGCAAUCAACGAUGGCCCCCAAGCUGUACCGAUCUUUCAAAAAAUGGCGUUCCGCGGCUACUUCCGCUGCGCAGGUCGCAUGGAGGUCACUCCCUGCGGAGAGUUGAAGAUUUCUAUCGGGGGUGUGGCAUGGGAGCUGGACGUUCUUGGAACGGAGCUGGGUGCUACUGUGGAGUCGUGUCACAAUCUGGACCUGGACUAUCGCCACAUCCAACGGAUGAAUGCCACAAAGAAGGGUAUCAAUUGGGGUACCAUGGUUGCAUUAUGCCAUCGGGGCCAUGUUCCAGAGCAGCACGUGCAAGUCGAGGAAGGCCCCGACUUGCCUUUCAUUCUCAUGCAUGGUGAG